AUGACGCGCGGCAAGACGGACGACGAGAAGGCGGCCGCAUCUGACGAGUGGUACGGGACGGACCUGCCAGGGUGGCUCGGCCGCAUCGAAGCCUGCGUCGUGGAGCUAUCCGGAGCCGGCGCGUCGCACGCGAUCGGUGGCAGUCUCUCUUACGCGGACGUCUGCAUCUGGAGCCUGCUGCGCGAGGGGACCGCCGAGGACGCUGCUCUCGUGGCAACAGCCGCCGCAGAAUGCCCGACGCUCAACUGCAUCGCUGAUUCGGUCGCCGCGCACCCUGCGGUCAAGGGGUGGGUUGCGAGCCGGCCGGAGACCGCCUUUUGA